CAGCCCCUGGUGCGGCCCCAAGCAAUUGCAUACAGCCUUUUUAUCAUCAGAAUAAAAAUGACAAUGACAGCAGAAAAUGGCCGUUCUCCCUGGAGCAGAGCUGAACUUCCCACUUCAAAGGCUCUGGAUGCCUGUCUGGGCAAGGCAGAAGAACAUUCAGUGUUCAAGAAGCUGCUGGGCAAACUGUUUCAGGACACAAAUCCUGAGCUGAGAGUGGCUUUGCUGGAGAGGGAACCGGGCAGCGGAGAAGCCCCACAGCAAGCAGAGAGCAUAGCCGAAGAAGCGAUGCUGAGUGCUCACUUGCUGUGCUGCAGGGAGGAGCUGAUGCAGAGCGUGACACAGCUGAGCCCCAUGACAGAGUUUUGGAGGCAGCAGAAGAGGGAUUCCUGA